CGCCCCGCCGCGCCGGCAUGCGGCCGCGCCCGCUCUAGGAGCGCCGUGCCCCCGGGCCGCCAUCCGCCGCCUCCCCUCCCCCCUCCCGAGGAGGAUGGCGGCGGCGGCCGCCCCGACCCAGCUGGAAGCCGAGCUCUACUACCUGAUCGCGCGGUUCCUGCAGUCCGGACCCUGCAAGAAAUCCGCCCAGGUGCUGGUGGAGGAGCUGGAGGAGCACCAGCUGAUCCCGCGGCGCCUGGACUGGCAGGGCAAGGAGCACCGCCGGAGCUUCGAGGACCUGGUGGCUGUCAAUGCACACAUCCCUCCGGAUUAUCUUCUUAGGAUCUGUGAGAGGCUUGGACCCCUCUUAGACAAGGAAAUCCCCCAGAGUGUUUUAGGGGUGCAGACUUUGCUGGGUGUCGGGCGCCAGUCUCUCCUGAGGGCAGCAAAAGACUUCAGACACACGCUAUGGAAAGGCUCUGCCUUCGCAGCUCUGCACAGGGGCCGACCCCCAGAACUCCCCGUGAACUACGGGAAGCCACCAAACGUGGUUCACAUCCUGUCUGCCAGGCAGUUAACUGGAUGUGGCCGUUUCAGCCACUUGUUCCCAACAUCCACUUACCAACACAUGAAGAUGCAUAAGAGGAUUUUGGGGCACCUCUCAUCUGUUUAUUGUAUCGCCUUUGACCGCAGUGGGAGGAGAAUUUUUACAGGCUCAGAUGACUGUCUGGUGAAGAUCUGGGCGACGGAUGACGGGCGCCUGCUGUCCACCCUGCGGGGGCACUCGGCCGAGAUCUCGGACAUGGCCGUGAACUACGAGAACACGCUGCUGGCCGCGGGCAGCUGCGACAAGGUGGUGCGGGUGUGGUGCCUCCGCACCUGCGCCCCCCUGGCCGUCCUGCAGGGCCACUCAGCUUCCAUCACUUCCAUACAGUUCUCUCCAGCAAGGAAAGGAACAACACGAUACCUCACCUCCACUGGUGCCGAUGGAACAAUCUGUUUCUGGCAGUGGCAUGCGAACACCAUGAAAUUUAAGGAUCGUCCUGUAAAGUUUGCAGAGAGGUCCAGGCCUGGUGUUCAGAUCUCCUGUUCAUCCUUCAGUUCUGGUGGCAUGUUCAUUGCAACAGGCAGCACUGACCAUGUGAUAAGAAUUUAUUAUUUGGGCUCAGAAUCUCCAGAGAAAAUGGCUGAGCUGGAAUCUCACACGGACAAGGUGGUUGCAGUCCAGUUCUGUAACAACGGGGACAGCUUAAGGUUUGUCAGUGGAAGCAGAGAUGGAACAGCAAGGAUCUGGCACUACCAUCAGCAUGAUUGGAAGAGUGUGGUCCUGGAUAUGGCUACUAAAAUGACAGGAAACAAUGUGGCAUCUGGGGAGGACAAGGUGACUAAGCUGAAGGUCACCAUGGUGGCCUGGGAUCGAUACGAUGCCACCGUCAUCACUGCAGUCAACAACUUCCUUCUCAAAGUGUGGAACUCGUCCACAGGGCAGCUUCUCCACAGCUUAUCCGGUCAUGAUGAUGAAGUGUUUGUUCUGGAGGCUCAUCCCUUUGACCAAAGGAUUGUGCUUUCGGCGGGCCACGAUGGGAAUAUUUUUGUUUGGGAUAUAGACAAAGGAACAAAAAUUCGCAAUUACUUCAACAUGAUUGAGGGCCAAGGCCACGGAGCUGUUUUUGAUUGCAAGUUCUCACCAGAUGGGCAGCAUUUUGCCUGCACAGACUCUCAUGGACAUCUGCUACUAUUUGGUUUUGGAUGCAAUAAAUAUUAUGAGAAGAUUCCAGAUCAGAUGUUCUUCCAUACGGAUUACAGGCCUCUGAUCCGCGAUGCCAAUAACUACGUGUUGGAUGAACAGACCCAACAGGCUCCGCAUCUGAUGCCUCCUCCAUUCCUGGUGGAUGUUGAUGGAAAUCCUCAUCCCACGAGAUUCCAGCGCCUGGUCCCAGGGAGGGAGAAUUGCAAGGAUGAGCAGCUCAUUCCUCAGCUGGGAUAUGUAGCUAAUGGUGAUGGUGAAGUAGUUGAGCAAGUCAUUGGGCAGCAAACAAAUGACCAGGAUGAGAGCAUCCUUGAUGGAAUGAUCAGGGAGCUCCAGAGGGAACAAGAUCUGAGACUAAUCAAUGAAGGAGAAACCCCUCCAAACCCUCCACUCAACAGAUCCCUCUCUGUCAAUGGAGCCCUUCGCAGCCCGGCCCUGGACGUGGCCUCCCCGCCGAACGUGGGGCUGCGGCGGAGCGGGCAGAUCGAGGGCGUGCGGCAGAUGCACCACAACGCGCCCCGCAGCCAGAUGGCCACCGAGAGGGACCUCAUGGCCUGGAGCAGGAGGGUGGUGGUCAAUGAGCUCCCUCCAGGCGUCAGCAAGGUCCAGGAAGAAUGUCGAGCUGCCAAAGGUGAAAUAGAAAUUAGUUUGUACACUGUUGAAAAGAAGAGAAAGCCGUCCCACACCUUACAACGGAGCGAAUUCCAGGCUGGCAGCGGCAGAUCCCUGCGCAGGAACCAGCGGAGGCGGCAGCACGCCUACCAGACCCGCUCCACCAUCGAGCACAGCCCGCAGGGAGCCACCCACCACCCCUGUGCCCGCCAGCAAUCCGACAGCUCCUCUGAGGAAGAUGAGACUGUUGGCACAAGUGAUGCCUCCAUGGAUGAUCCCGUGGCAGCCUGGCAAAGUGAAAGCAGUUCCAGUGAUUCAUCAAGUGAAUACUCAGACUGGACAGCAGAUGCUGGAAUUAAUCUCCAGCCUCCAAAGAGACAAACCAGGCAGGCAGCUCGGAAAAUCUGUAGUAGUUCUGAAGAUGAAAAUAUGAAGGGAACAAAAGGACUGGAGCCAAAGCGAAGGAAACUUAAACAGCCUAGAAAAAAGAAGCCCAGUGGCCUGCUGUCCCUGGAAGGGGAGCCCAGUGAGGAAUGGCUUGCUCCUCAGUGGAUCCUGGACACCAUUCCCCGGCGCUCCCCGUUCGUCCCACAGAUGGGAGAUGAGAUCAUAUACUUUAGGCAAGGCCAUGAAGCUUACGUGAGGGCAGUAAGGAAAGCCAAAAUUUACAGUAUUAACAUGCAAAAACAACCAUGGAACAAAAUGGAACUCAGGGAACAAGAAUUUGUGAAGACUGUAGGGAUUAAAUACGAAGUUGGGCCUCCCACGCUCUGCUGCUUGAAGCUUGCAUUCCUGGAUCCAAUCACGGGCAAAAUGACAGGAGAAUCCUUCUCCAUAAAGUACCAUGAUAUGCCAGAUGUUAUUGACUUCCUUGUGCUGCACCAGUUUUAUAAUGAAGCCAAAGAAAGGAACUGGCAAAUAGGGGAUAGAUUUCGCAGUAUAAUAGAUGAUGCUUGGUGGUUUGGAACUGUGGAGAGUCAGCAGCCUUUCCAGGCAGAGUAUCCUGAUAGUUCCUUCCAGUGCUACAGUGUCCACUGGGACAAUAAUGAAAGAGAGAGGAUGAGUCCAUGGGACAUGGAACCGAUCCCAGAAGGAACUGCCUAUCCAGAGGAGGUUGGUGCUGGAGUUCCUGUGACUCCAGAGGAGCUGACAGCUCUUCUCUACAAACCCCAGGAAGGAGAAUGGGGGGCCCAUUCCAGAGAUGAAGAAUGUGAACGAGUGAUCCGGGGGAUUGAGCAGCUUCUUUCCCUUGACAUUUCCAAUCCCUUUGCAGUCCCAGUGGACCUUAGUGCCUAUCCCAUGUAUUGCACUGUCGUUGCUUAUCCAACUGACCUCACCACGAUCAGGAGGAGACUUGAAAACAGGUUUUAUAGGAGAAUCUCUGCACUGAUGUGGGAGGUCAGAUACAUUGAACACAAUGCCAGGACCUUCAACGAGCCAGACAGCCCCAUAGUCAAAGCAGCCAAAAUUGUGACAGACGUCCUACUGCACUUCAUUGGAGACCAGAGCUGUACUGAUAUCUUAGAGAUCUACAACAAGGUGAAAGCAGAAGACCUGAGCAGCACUGAUGAAGAAGAGGAGGUGGCAGAAGUAGAUGUGGAUUCAGACGCUCCAGGAACUUCCUCUGGGAAAAGAAGAGUGAGACGACGAGUGAAGAGGCAGCCCAUGAAGGCCAGUCCUGAUGCCUGGAAGGAGCAGUGCCAGCAGCUGCUGAACCUGAUUUAUGAACGGGAGGACUCGGAGCCUUUCAGGCAGCCCGUUGAUCUCUUCUCUUACCCUGAUUAUCGAGACAUCGUAGACACUCCCAUGGACUUCAGCACUGUGAAAGAAACCUUGGAAGCAGGAAACUACACCAGUCCCUUGGAAUUCUACAAAGACAUUCGUUUGAUAUUCUGCAACUCUAAGGCUUACACUCCUAAUAAAAAGUCUCGUAUUUACAGCAUGACCCUUCGACUCUCUGCCUUGUUUGAGAAUCACAUGAAAAACAUCAUCUCUGAGUACAAGGCAGCAAUGCAGUGUCAGAAGAGGAGGAGGCCACGGUACCGAAAACGGCUGAGGAGCAGCAGCAGCUCCCCCUCAACCAGCAGAGCAUCCAGCCCCAAAGGGAAGCAGAAGCAAAUGAAGAUUCAACCUAAACCCAACCAGAAUACCUCACUGCCCCUGACCAGGACAAGCUCUUCAGUCUCAUCUCAUGUUUCAGAUACAGCAGAAGAACCUCUGGGUUCAGCCACUGGUGAAGAGCUGGAGGGUCAACCAUCUUCCUCAGGCUCCAAUGCACAGAACCGAAGUGGAAAUGCCAUAGAUCCAGGGAAAAGCAGGCCAGUCAGGAGUAAAUCCACACCAGUGAAACAAGAUCACUCUCCUGAUGGACCCCUCACCAAUGGAGAUGGCAGAGAGCCUCGGGCAGGAGUCAAGAGGAAGUUACUGAGCGCGUCGGAGGAGGACGAGCACCUGGAGGAGGCGGAGGAGGAGGAGGAAAAGAAGAGAGAAUUAAAGGAAAAGUCUGGCUUGUCUUCAUCAGAAAGUGGGGAAUCGGGAUCCAGCUCCAGCUCCGAAAGCAGGAGUGGCUCUGAUUCCGACUCGGAAUCAACCUCCAGGACAGAUCAGGAUUACAUUGACGGAGACCACGACUACAGCAAAGUGGUGCAAUCCAAAAAGCCCAAACGGAAAAUCAAACGGAAACUCAGCGCUGGGAAGCGGAAUUGGCAGGGCAGGGGCACGGGGAGGAGGGGGAGAUGGGGCAGGUGGGGGAGAUGGAGCAGAGGGGGCAGAGGGGGGAGAGGUGGAAGAGGCUGCGGCAGAGGCAGAGGCGGCGGCAGGGGAGGAAGGAGAGGCCGCGGAGGCCGAGGGGCCUCGCGAGGAGCCACCAGAGCGAAACGCGCCCGGAUCGCCGACGAUGAGUUUGAGAACCUGUUCGGGGGCCAGUUUGGAGAGAACGUGUUUGGGGGGAGGUUCAGCCGCCCCCCUCGGAUCAAAACCAGGAACGAGGGCAGGAGGACUGUCCUGUACAACGACGACUCCGACAACGACACCUUCGUGCACACCGAGGAUCCGUUGAACCUCGGUACUUCCAGGUCAGGCAGGGUGCGGAAAAUGACAGAAAAAGCCAGGGUCAGCCAUCUCAUGGGAUGGAAUUAUUGACAGGUGGAAAACUUUGGAACAAUUUUAAAAGAACUUCAAUGGCCUUCUACUGCAGGGAUUUUACCAGAAAUUCUACCAAGCAAGUUGUGCGGGGACUCCACUCACGUUUUCACAGUGGUGCUUUUCCAUCCUGUCAGUCUGUGUUUGUUUUAAAGCUUCAGCUCUCCACACUUCAUUGGUCAAAACAAGCCUUAGUCAUUAGGCCUUAAAUUACAGAAAUUCUUCCCCACACACUACGAGUUCAUCACAUUAAAGAGGCUUCCAGCUUCUCAGUAAGAACAUGACAUUUUUGAGUCACGCUUAUGAAUUCUCUCCCUCGUUUUGUUUUUGUAUUAUAGAAAUAGCACCUUCUUACAGAGUUUUUAUGUGGUUUCUGCCAUAAAUCCUUAGACACAGUAAUAAUUAUAACUUUUGCACAAUACACCAAUCCUAAAGGCAGCUAUAAAAUGUUUACAGUUUCUAUAUUGUAAGAAGGAUCUGGAUUAUUUUAAUCUUCCCAGGCCAAACGUUGAUGGAAUUGUGCUGAACUGAAGUAUGUCUAUACUACAGUUUUGGGGGUCCUGAUGUGCUUUCUAUCGGUUCUUUAUUCGUGUAAAAAAGUGACAAAAGGGUUGGUGCCUUGUAAAUAUGUAGCAAACCUUUGAUGUGGUGUGUCCUAUGUGUGCAUUAACUUUAUUAAAAAGAGAAUACUUGAGAAGUAUGAAUAUCUAGACAAAAGGUGCCAAAUGCAAAAGUUACUUGCAUCUAUUUUCUUUUUGUCCUCUCAUAUUUUUAUAGUAUUAAUUGAGAUUGUGCAGCUAAAGGGGUGACUUCAACAUUUGAAAGGUUCCUCCUCUUCAAAGCAUAACGUGAUUUUUAAUAGUAGCUCAGCUACCUCUUAUUUACAACUACUGGAAACUGAAAAGAAAAUAGAUGCUGUUAUUCAGUGCGUGCUGAAGAGGCGAGAAGGAGCUUGAGGGGUGGAAGUUGUAGAGUAACUGUAUCUUCGUUCUGUUGUCACCAUGAAAACCAACUGAUUCGUUACCAGAGUUCUCAGAAGCAGCAUGUUCUGGGCAGGUGGGGAUUUGUUUGUGCAGAGGGGCUGAGUGGCUCCCUCCUUCCUGCUGCCCCUUGAUCCGUGAAAAUGUGGGUGUGGAUGAGGGGCUGGGGGAGCUCCGCUCCCUGUGGUGAUGCUGGUACAGAACCCUCCAGACUGACUCUCGUAUCUCAAGCUUCCAGAAGAGUGUUCCUGUUGCACUGUACUCUUGUUAUCCUGGGAAAUGCUGACUUGAAACCCUUUGGGCAGUGGUGGUGCAGUUUGUGAGGAGAUUGGUGCUGUGGCUCCUGCGGGAGCUGAACCGGGCGCUUGGCGUGGGCUGAGCUGGAGCUGAGCGGCCUCUUCCUUCCUUCCUGGGCUCUGGCUGGAAUAUAUAUGGGACUUCAAUUUCCUCCCGUUGUCCAAACGGAUCUGACAGCUCCGAGAGUGAGUCAGGUCACAGAGAGAACAAACAAAAAGAGGCUACAAAGUUCCGCUGGAGUUUUUCAAAGUUUUUAGUUUUGGUUGGUUUUUUUUUUUUUUGGAAACUUUCAUCCAAUAUCCUUAAGUUCUUCUGUGCACAGCUUGGUCAAUAAUUCUGGAAAACCUCAGGCAGCAAAGAGUGACCCAUGUAUAUUCUCAGAUGCAGAAGGAAUUUUAAUUUUUGACUUUCUAUAUUCAGCACUAGCUAUUUUAUCUCGCUUUCCAAAAAAAAAAAAAAAAAAAAAUCAACUCUAGUUAGAUGCAAAAAUGACUUGGGGAAAAAAAAAAACCAACAGAGGUUUAGUUUUGUGAUGGAGGAGAGUAUAUCCUAAAUUGCUCAUUAAUAUGAAUUUAUGGUACAGUACAAAAAUCACACUUUUAAUUUUUUAAGGAAUGGCUGGAAUCAGCCGUAAUCCACUGCUGGACUCGAUUCUGGUUUUGAUGGGGGGGUGGGGGUGGGGAAACAAGUGCAAAGGCUCUCCUAGAUCUGUGCUGGGCUUUGAAGUAUAAACACCUGUCCUAUCAUCUCUCUCAUAUAUCUGUAUAUAUAUACACGCAUUUAUAUUUAUAAGAAAUGUAUUAUUUGUUUGACUGAUUGGUCUUUUUACAUAUGGUAACCAGGAAUAGCAUGUAUGCAUCAGUCCAUAGUCAAAAUCAUAUCCUUAGAUGAGUCCUGUGAGCUAAUGUAAACACUAGGGGUUCUGUCCUAAAGCCUGUAAAGCUUGAAAUGCAAAACAAAUGCUUUUUUUCCCCCUCUCUUUCUGACUGGUUGAAAAUCCACUUAUUCCUUUAUUUAUUUUGUGUAAGGCUUGGGGAGAGAUAAAUCACAGGGAUUCCAGAGAAACCAUUUUAUAAGCUGGUGUAUUUUAGCAAGCAAUUAGAGUAAGAUUAAAUAUGUUCUUAACUGUAUCUUUUCUAUGUCCUGUGAAGAUACCAGUGAAGCAUCACUUUGCUGUGGCGUAAGUAUUACUCCAUGUGUCCCACGAUUCCCAGCUAGAGCAGGAUGUGCUGGAACAACAGAAUUUAGUGUAAAAAUUGAAAAAAAAAAUUUUUUUUUUUUUUUUUUUUUUUGGUGCAUGAGAACCUUUUAUAAGCAUGACAGAAAUAACUUGGGUUUAGAACUGUUCUUUUUGCUUGGUUUGUGUCUGCAUUCUUCCUCCGAGCUAGGCAGUUGAUUCCUCGCAGCCUCGUUCCAGGGAAUAAUUACACUUUUGUAGGACCUUGGAUGCUUUCUCUCAAAUCCCAAAUCCUGUCAGGAGGUCGUAGAAAACUCAGGGUGAGCCCAUCAGGUGUAGCAGAAGCAGGGAAGUGAUUGAAACCAUCUCAGAGUCUCCCUGGCCCAGGCCCUGGGUGCUCAGGCAGCGGCUCCAGAAGGUUCCGAGCUCCAGGCAGGCUGUGGAGUCAGGAAUUUGAUGCCUUUCCUUGCACUCUUUACAGAGAACUCCAAACUCUGCCUAAGGAAUGGGAUGUAAGGUCUGAUUUUUAUGGGAUUGCUGGGGGUGUGCAGGCAGACCAGGGCUCCUCUGCUGUUGUAGAUGUUUGGACAUUGGUGGUUCUGUUCCCUUUGAUGUCAGGCUGGCAUGAUCCCGAUCCUGAGCUUCCAGGGCACUUCACCUUGGAAAAUGGAGCCUCAGCCCCACACACUCCAUUCUCCUUGCAGAUAGGGCUGCAGUCUUGUGUCUUUGCUCUUGGCCUCUCCCAGCUCCAAUCUGCUGUCCCUGCAGUGCUCCCCUGUUUGCCCAGACCAGGGCACGGAUGACAAAACUUAUUUUGCAGUAGUGAUGUGCUGUUGUCUUGGAUAUUAGGGAGGAUUUCUUCAUGGAAGGAGUGGUCAGGCAUCAGAAUGGGCUGCCCAGGGCUGUGGUGGAGCCACUAUCCCUGGAAGUGUUCAGGAAAUGAGCAGAUGUGGCACUUGGUGAUGCAGUUCAGUGGCUGUGGUGGGAUUCAGUCGAAGGUUGGACUUGGAAGGUGAUCUUGGAAGGCUUUUCCAACCUUAAUGAUUCCAUGAUUCAGCCCAAAUUUUGCUUGCUCUUUAUUUUCUCUAUUGAUUUUCCUUUGAUUUUCCUCUUUGCCAUGCCCCACCUCUCUCCUUUAGCUUCCCUUUGUAAGCUAUUUAUGAUUCUCUUUUGGAAAUGUAUGUGAUGAAUUUUAUUUUGGCUGGACUUCUUGGCUGGAAGGUUUAAUCCUUUUAUCCCUCUUUUUCCCCAAGACUUUCCAUGUUUUUUUAUAUCUGCCUUUUUGUGUUUACCAGCAACAUUCCUAAAUGUCUGGAGGCAGAUUUAAUGAAGAUGGAAAGUUUGAGGAUUGGCUUCUUGGCUGCACCUCUGUGGCCAUCCAUACCCAGAGUGGGGACACUGCCAGGUCAGAUGGGGCAGCACAUCCUUCCCUCAGCCUUGGAAAACACAGUUCCACUUGGGAUCCUGGAAUAUCUGUGGUCCUGGCUUGGGUUUAUGUCUCCCAUGUAGAAUUCUUGUGCUUCCAGCCUCUCCAGGUAUUCCUGUUCUAAACAACCUUUGUGUUGGUGCUUGAAUUUCCAUGGAUCCUGGGCAGUUUUAUCCCUCCUCCCUCUUUCCAUCACUCCUUUCUCCAUCGCCAAGCAGAGGCUGUCCCGUUAUCCCAACCACCCCCACUGCCCUGCAGACACAAAAGCUAAACAAAAUCAUGGAGAAAUAAUUCUUGGAGGAUCUUUGGCCACUUAAAAUUUUGCAUCCUGUUGUGUAGUUUCGUUUUCCUGGAAUGUUUUCCUUGAUGUCCACCUCAGCUGCUUCUCCUGCAUGGAAGUGGAAGGACUGAGUAGUACUGGAAAAGAGCUGACACUGGUUGUGUAGUAGAGAGUUUUUAAUUCUUUUAAAAAAUUAAAAUAUUUGGAGGCUCCCUUGACCCCUAGAAACAAGAUGAACCUUGCCAGGCAUUUGGAAAAGCUUCUCCUACCUUGUCUCAGGAAUGUUUUUUACCAACCACUCCAAAUCAGAGUAUUAAUGUGAGAAAAUCAGAUUAAAAAAUCGUUAAUUUUGAUAAGAACUUGAUUAUAUUUCAUCUUUGACUGGAGAACAACAGGGAAAAGUGAACAACUGUAGGUUUUAGGUCCUGACCUGGAGCGUCCUGUCAUGGAUUUAGUGGGUUAAAAAUAUCUCUGUGUGUUUGCAUUUCUUAAUUUUAUCUUUUUCUUUCAAACCCACCCUGCAGAGUUUUAUAAAACUCUGAUUAUUUCCUAAAAGAGCAGUUAACCACCCAAAGCUAAUCUAUAUUUAGUAGGUAGGGAGCUGUCAUUGUGUUCUUGCAAUGUGUAUUAUAGAAAAUUCCUGUGCAUGAGUGAGACAUAAUUCCCAACUCUUUAGUGUAUCCAAGGUUUACACAGGGAAAAAGAACUCCUUUCUGUACAGUAAGUAACAACCUGCAAAAUUUAGUCUAAAACCUUUUUUUUUUAGUCUUAGAAAUGCAAAGACCUGUUGGAAGCUUGUAGAUUUUUACUCUGUCCUGUUGGGCCCACGGUGAAUUUACACAACUGUACUUACGAAUCCCUGAAAAAUGAGAUUCCCAGUGGAAUUGCUGUCCCAGCCUUAACUCUAGUGUUAGAAAAAUGGUGCUGAAAUACUUUGAUGUGAGGGGAUGUGGGUCCCUGGGACGAGUUUGUGAGAUUUCCAAGUGAAAGCCAGUGUUUGGAGUUACUACUCCUGCUAGUAACUGGAGCCACACUGGAGAACUGGGAAGCGUGGAAAUAUUUGGGGGAUAUUUCAACCAGGGGACAUUUUGGAGCAGUUCCUCAGUUUUGGGGGUUUAAUUGGCAAGUGCUGCAGAUCUUCCUGAUUUUUAGGUAGGAGAGUUGUUGCUUGGGUGGGGAGUGGGGGUGAAAUCCUGCCAGAAUAUUCCCAAUAAAAUCCAAAUCCGCUGUUUCUCUUCCUAAAAUGCCUCCUGGCAGAGCAGUGGCUGCUCGUGUGUGUUCAGAACUCAACGUCUGAGGAUCCUUGUUCUGUAGAAAUAUUAAUUCAGGCUCUUCAUUCCUCCAUGAGUCAUUAGAGCAGAUUUCAUGUAGAAAUACUAUGGAAUUCACGUGAUUUAGGCUCUCCAGGUCGUUUUCUGGAUUUAAAAUACUCCAAAAAAAUGCACAAAACUAUUAGAAUUAUGUCUACUUUCUAUAUUAAUUUUUUUUUUCAGGUAAUAUUUAUGCCCAUAUCUUCACAUCUGCUAUCUCAGGUCCCUUUAAUGAAUACUUCAGGGAUUUUGAUGCCACGUGUUGGCAGACCAAAUGUAAUAUUUAUAUGCAAUGAGCUGUUAGUUUUUUGUAUUGUACAAAUGUAAAUUUGUAAAGAUUUUUUUCUAGAGUUUUUUUGAAGUCACUGAUGUAAUCUAGGAUGUUUCAUUUUCCAGCUGUGGGAUUGUCUUAAUAAAAAAAAAAUAAAAAGAGAAA